GUGGAAUGCGCCACUUCUCAGUUCACCUGGGCGCAGGGCCUCGGUGGUGGGUUUGAUGCCCCCCAUGCCGCCUAUGUGUCUACUAGUGCAGAGGGCAGCGGCGUGGGGAAACCUUCAGAGCCCCCUGUGGCCGGCACUCGUUGUAAACCUGUGUCGGGUACUGAAGUGGUGUCUGCAGCUCAGAGUGGUUGUGUCCGCCUGAGUUUUGAAUUUCAGUUGGCUGAACAAACGACGGUGCUAUGGGAGACUGUUGUAGUUGGCCGCCGACUUUACCUGUCCAUCUUGCAUCUGCCAGAGGGUAGCAAAGAAGCAUUUGUGUCACUCUUGGAGUAUGCUGAGGAAGUCCUUGGGUGCUCACAUGUGCUCAUUUGCUUCAAGAAGGAUCGCAGUGAUCGAGCUAUGCUGAUCCGCACCUUCAUGUUCCUCGGUUUUGUGGCCAUACCACCCGGUCACCCACUAGCACCCACCAACAAUGAUCACUUCUACAUGCUCUAUGAGAUCGAGUAGUAUCUUCACAGGUUGAUGGUUCUGUAUUAUGCUUGGGUUAAACCAGGUUACAUGUAGUUAGGAAAAUCUGUUACUCUAUUUUUCUUUGGCUUUACAAUAUUGAUGUUCAUAAUUCUGCUUGUGUAACCUGGUUGGCCGAAGUAUUUUGUUUCCCCAGGUUGUCUUUUAUUGUUGUGGAGUGGGAUAGAGGUAGCUGUGUGGCAGAUACAGGAGUGAUGCACCUGCAUAGUUUUCACAAUUGAGUCUUGUACAGUGUUGCCACACAAUGAAUUAUCCUAUGCAACACUUACAGAUAAUCUGUAUAAAUGGUAUCAGAGGCUCAAAUCAUGUUGAUUAGACUGUAGUUCAGGUUUUUUGCCUUGUAAAUUUUGAAUUUUUAUGAAUAUUUUUUUUGUGUAAUUCUAUCAUUACCUGUGGACCAAAGAUUGUUUUGAAAUUUUCAAUAUAUUUUGGUAUGUAAUCAGUUUUUUUUUUUUUUUUUUUUUUUUUUAACCACAUCUGUAAGCAAAUUGAUUAAUCUAUGGUUAGACUUGAUAUUGUUAGGUACUGACUAGGCAUUAUGCCAUUUACUCCUGGAUAAAGUUUUUCUAUCCAGCUCCACAGUGACCUCUGGCUUCUGCUGCUAGUAAGACACGUACAGUAUAUCAAAAACAAAAUGUAAAAAAAAAAAUGGAAAAUAAAAAAAUUGACAAAAAACGAGUUGAUAUUCAUUCCAUGUAUGUUUUUUGAAUCCUUGUAGAUUCCCAGUAUAGUAUUCAUUUUAUCAUGAUUAUCACUUUAUUGGGGUUUUUAGAAUUAACAGGUUGACGUGGACACUGAUAGUCAUUCACCAUUUCAGUCAUUGAUUUUGUAUGAAGAUUUACUUUGAUUGUACUGGGAGAAAUAAUCAGUGGUUCCUUUGUUGUUCAUAUAAUCAAUAAAUCACCCAACUGUAA